AUGGACGAUAUGGAGGUUGGCCCUGCCAACCCCAAUCCUGCAAAGCGACCCCUCUCGGGCCAAUUUCCAUCUAGUCUACCCUCGGCCGCAGUGCGAGAUCCUCGGCUUGCCGGUCCUCAAACGUCAAACACCCAACAGGCCUACCCGACGGCUCCCACAAAUCUUCCUUCGGAUCCUAGGUCUCCAGUGGGAUUGCCACAGGUGGCUGGAGCCUCGCUCCCGACCAAGCAGCCAACUCCUAGGAACAAGGAAAGCCAAGAUGUAUCUGGUCACCAAAGCCUUUCUAUCUCGGACUUGGUCAACUCAUUAAUCAAAGUGAACAAGGCCGAGGAACAAAAGGAAAGGCUUGAAAAGCAAAUCGCUUCCAUUACGAGAAAUCUCAAUAGGGCCAAGCAGUCUUCGCAAUUUCCAAGCGCCAUUGCUGUCCUCCAACAGCAACUGGAUGCGGCCCAGGAGGAAUUGUCAAGCCAUACCAAAUCAAUCAACCGGAAUAGAAGAAUCUCCGCCCUGGCGCAGGAUAGUUUCACUGCCAUUCUGUCGCAAGCAAAGCCGCAACCUCAGCUCGAAAAGAUGCCUGAGAGGAUUGGGAAACUGGAGUCUCAAUUGAGUGCGGUGCUUGAAAAUUCCAACUCGACCGCCGGCCGCGAGAAGGCACAGAAAGCAAACACUGAAACUGAAGGAUACCCAGUAGCCUUGCAGGGUCCGGGCCGAGAUAUUGGAGAGCUCAAAGAAAGGUUGCAGAAAGUGGAGGAUGCUCUCGGAAAUUCCAAUAAACUUCAGGAAGCGUUGGGUUACGUGAAGAAAAUCGCGAACUCGGUUGCUCACCAAUCUAAGCGAUAUGGUCAAUUUACGGCCAAGAUCUCAAGUCUUGAGAACGAAGUCUCCGAUGCUAAUAAAAAGCUUGAGGAGAAGGUUUCUAUCGUCCAGACCAUGGCCAACACCAUCGAGGAAGAAAUGAAACAUUCCAGUGAACAGCUGGAGAAGGGCAUCUCGGCGCUUGGUAGCAAGAUGACCACCAUGAAUGUUCAGAUCAAGGACAAGCUUUCGUCUGUCGAAGGCGAUAUCAGAUCACUCGAAGCAAAAGAUCAGGAGCCUAGGAACGUCUCGACCAGCGUUUCAGACCUCAGAUCCGAUUUGGAAGCCCAGAGAAAGCAGGCCAUGGAGGCGAUUACUACCCAGGAAGCCCAUUUGGGGGACUUGCGCAAGCAGCAACAGAACCUUGAUAAUGGCGAAGGGGGUCUAUCAGAUGUGGCAAUCACAUCUCCCAAUGGCGGGGUGCUUGCGAGACUGGCAUCUUUGGAACGCAAAACCCAGGCCCAUACCACUAUCCUCAACGGAAUCAAAGAACUCCAUAGUCAGGCGGAUGAUGUGCGCCUGAUUCAGCUGGAAGAACUACGCAAGAGCCACAACUCUGGACAAGCACUGUUGGAAUCUAAGUACGAUGAAACCUUGCAAAAUGUGGAGAGAAUGAGCAAGAAGCAAUCCGAACACGACACGACCAUGCGUGUACUAAGGACUGACUUCUCCGGAGCCGUACGGCGGCUUCAAGACUAUGUUGAGAAGGAGAUUGAGGGAUUCGGAACUCGCCUCAACGAGGUUUCUGCCGUCACGCAAACCGUCAAGAAGUGCGAAAGCCAGGUUGAAACUCACUCCAAGGGCAUCCGGUCACUGGAAGAACGAUGGGGAAACAUCACCACCGGCGACCUGGUCAAUUCGAUGGCACGUGCAAUGCACGAAAUGUACCCAUCUGUUGACCAACUAAGCCAACAAUUGGUAGCUUAUAAAAGCGAAGUUGAGCUCAAGUUCUCUGCACUCAGAGCAAGUACGGACACGCUCAAGGCCACAAUCGAAAAGGCCCAAGCAAACGCCUCAAGCGCCCGGGCGGAAGCAGACCAAUCCCGAGCACCACAGGUGUCACCCGAGCAGCACCAGGCUUUAGAUCAGGUUGCCACUUUGCUCCAAAAGGUCAACGAUCUCUCCGACCGUCUCACACCCAUCGAUCAGCUCACCAAGGGUCAUACUACUCAGUUGAACCAAAACCUCGAACAACUGAGCGAAAUACAUAAUAAACUCGCGACUCACGAAGAAUCCAUCGUAGCCAUGGCCGAAAAGGCCGAUGAGCAAGCGGGGCGAUAUGAAGAAUUCACUGAGUCCUUGGUUAAGUUCGAUGCAUUGACCGAAAGGUUCGAUGCUCACGUAUUGGAACUCGAAUCUUUCCGCGGAAAGAUCGGAACAACGCUCAAGGGGCUGGCCAAUGCUUCGCAGAAGCGUGAGACCACGGUGGACGAAGAUCUUGCUAAAGUCAAGGAAGACAUCUCUCAGCUGCAGGCACUCCAACAAGAGGCCAAGAGCUUGAUUAAAACCAUGAAGGAGCGACAAGAAGCUCAGGCUAAGGGCGCUCAUAGCCUUGAUGUGGUCAAUGAACACACGUCACGACUUGAAAAGCUCUGCAAAACAGUCGAAGAGCUCAAUCAGGCCUCGGAAAAGCAAAAGGCAGCGACGAAUGUUGACCUUAACAGGAUUAAGGACGAUGUGUGGCAACUUCAACGUGUUCGAGACCAAGUACAAAGGUUGACUAGGAUCGAAGAGGAACGGGAUGCCACCGGUAUCAGUUGGGCCGUUAUUGACAGUCUUAUCUCACGACUGAACGCAUUGGAACGUCCAAUUGCAUCAGACGAUGGAUUCUCAAACCUGGGAGGUGGACUCGAGGGUCUAGAGAGGGAACUCAGAGACCUCGAGAACGAGUUCAGAGGCCUCGAGGAGUCGAUGAGAGUCUACCUCAGACGUCUGAGAAAAACCGAGGAUGCUGCCAACUUCAUGAAAGAGGGUACACCGAACAAUCGUGAUGCACCCGACAGACCAAUGGGACAGCGCAUCGAGGGGCAGCCGAGUCUUCGUCAUUCGCGCUCAGAUGGCCCUCCAUCUUUCUCGCCCAGAUCAGCUGCAAGCCCUGCGGCAUUUCCCAAAGGGCCCCAGCUAGGUGGGUACCAGCCGCUUCUUAAGGUCAAUACGAGGGGUCAGUUCGAAAAGCCUCCACCGAAACCGUACCCGUCUGUGAGGGGGGGUCGACCGCCCCCACCGGGACCCAGCGGCAGCAAUAGCUCACCGUAUAAGAGCAAUCCCCCCGAAUUCCGUCAGGGUAGGAGUUCAUGGAGACCGACGCCCCCGCUGCCAGCGGAUGAGGAAGAAGACAGUAUACAGUCAUCUUCGUUCUCUGACUCUUCGCCAGCUCCUGGUUCCUCUGUCCCACCGUCUUAUCCAGGCUCAGGCAGGAAGGACAAAAAGCGAAAAAAGCGAGGGCAGAUUUCGGAGGAAACCGCGAGAACCUUGAAACGCGCCAAGAAGCGCAAGCGGCUGCCGCUGGAGGAUGAUAUUUGA